AUGGCGAUGGCCGCCGUUCAAUUCGCCCCUGCCCCACCCCUUUCCAAUCCAAUUCAACGGCCUUUAAAAGGCUCACGGAUAUCCUCUUUCUAUCCAGUCAAGGAGUUGCCCCCUCUAUCCGCGCUGGACAGCGCAUUUCAGCUCCAAGAGUACAUCUCUUUGCUCAUCCGAAAAGAUGUUCAUGACGUCGACGCCAUCGUGUCGCUUCCAGGAAAGGGCAAAGAACGCGAAGGAAGCGAGGGUGAAGAAGGCGGCAGAGAAAACGGUGCGGAUGCGCAAAAGGACGGGGGAGCAGAAGGCAAGAGCGAAGUGGUAGUUGAUGAAUCGUGCUGGAUAUAUGAACAGCUGAGACGGCUAGCGCAGGACCUGUCACAUCCUUUGAUUACUAUGUUGCAGCAGGAGUGUACGCGCCAGACAUGUCCAGAGAUGAAGGCUGGCGAGUGGCUUUACCUUUGCGUGGCACAUGGUACUGAGGGCGCAAUGGAACAAUGCUGUGCCAUAGAUUACAUCCUCCACACCUUGGAUAGCGCAACUGCGCUGUUGAACUCCCCUCGUGCCUUUCCUUCUCGAUUGUCUAUACCCGUUUCGUCUAAUCGCCAUUUCUCUUCCCUCGCGCGUCGUCUAGGCAGGAUUUUCGCACACGCAUACUUCCACCACCGCGCCGCAUUUGCACAGGCCGAGGCAGAGAGCGCUCUAUACGCGCGCUUCCUUGCCCUGACUUCACGCUUUGAUCUCGUACCCGCCGAAUUCCUUGUGAUUCCCCCAGGCAUUGUGGGAUACGGCCAGGAUGACCACGACCGGGAGAUAGAUGAAUAUCCCCGCCUGCUCGGUGCGUCGAUUGACCCACGGCGCGAACGGGAGAAUGUGCGUGAAGAUGAUCCCUCGGCCGCGCGGGGCGGACUCAUUCAUCUGGACGCGGACCUUCAAACGCUCACGGGAAGCGCAAGUGAGCGACGGGAUCCCAGUCCACGGAAGAUAGGGAGAAACAGGACAGACACGAUGGUACACAGCGAGGUAGCAAGCGUCGUAGAGGAGCUGGGACGUGCGACUGCCAUGGGCGAAGGCGACGAGCUUUCGCAAGAAAGGGAGCCUGCUAGUGAACGGGAGAGGGUUCCCACAAUCAGGCCUGAAGACAUUGCGAAGAAGGCUGAAGAGACUGCAGAAGAAAAGGACAAACCUGUGCCGGAGCCAGAGAACUUAACGGAGAGCAGCGUGGAGCCAACUCAAGAAUCCGAUGCGCCAGUUGAAAUGAUAGAGCUCGCAGUCCCUCAAUCUGAGGAGCUUGAGCCAGAAGUAGCUUUAACAGAUGUGGCUGAGUUGGCCCCGGACACGGCUGUUUCAUCCGAGAUUCUGUCCAAGCCCGCGCAUGCCGAGGCAGACACGGCUGGUGCAUCGGCGACAGCCCCCACGGAAGUUGACAUCACACUCGAGAGCCCCGCAGAUCCGGAUGCUGCCAUGGAACGUGUAUCAAAUGCACUGGAGGUCGAGGAACCUGCGUCUGCUUCAACUGAAAUUGAGCAUGACGUUUCAGAGAUAGUGGAGGUCGCGGCGGAAGAAACCAUGACCGUUGAGGAAGACCGUCAAGAGUCUGUCCAGGAAGACGUUGUCCAAGAUGCGGUACCGAACCACACCGCCGAGAACAUCGAGGAGCUGUGUGUGAAUGUGGAGCCCGUCAUAUUCGCGGAGGCGCCGCAUGUGGAGGCAGAGCCAGCACCGGUGCCAGAAGAAGCUCAGGAACAUGAUGUAGUCACCCAUGAUGACGAGGUGGACACGGAAGAAUAUGUCACGGAACCCACGCCCGCCUUGGAGGAACCUACGGAGGUGGUUGAGGGUGAAGCGAAAGUGGAUGAAGAAGAGGAAGAAGAAAAGUCCAGCAUUGAGGCAAUACCUGCGCUCGAUGCUGAGGUUGAGGGGGAUGUAUGA